AUGAAAAAAAUUAGUACAACUCACAAAAUUGAAAAGGAGGCUAAAUCUAAAAUGAGCAUAUCAACUCACAGUCUAUUUAAUAAGGUUCAAUAGAAGAUGAUUAUUAAUAAGGAUAGUGAUACUGAUAAAUUAAGAUCUGUAUUAGAAAUAGAUAAUAAUAAAUAAAAAAAGGAAGAAACUCAUAAAUAACACAAAUAAACUCCAAAUUAUGGCUAAUUUCGAAUUAAAACUGAAAGUGCCAACUACUAUUUUGCUUCAAUUAAAUAAAAGAAAUCUCCAGUUAAUAUUCCUCAUCUAUGUUUGGAUGAGAAUAAAAAGAAAAGUCUAAGUAUUUUAGAAUCAAAAACACCAAGACUUUUAUUGGCAAGAAGUGAAAAAUAUAAUUAAAAACAACCUUUAACCUAAAGACUUAUGUGUACAUAUCUAAAAAAAGAAAAUACCAACUCUAAAUUAAUAAAAAGUAGUAACAAAACUUGA